AUGGACUCUCUUGAAGUAAAAGUCAUCGCAGGAGUUGUGGUGGGACUUUUUGGUCUGAUUAUCGUGUACGGUGCUUUAAAAAUUCACAAUAAGCUAUUACACGCAAAAAUGGAGAAGACGGCGCGUAAAGAAAUACAAAUGAACAAUCCGCAUCGAUACUAUUACCUAUUACUAUUCGACGGUGAUAGUGAAAAACUGUCCAGUUUCAAAGACAGUGUAAUAUUUUUAAAAUCAGUUACACAAGAAGCAAAUCUCCCAACACUCAAACUUUUCAUUUUAACGAGAAUUUCAGGCAAGGCUCGCGAUGCAUUGCUUACCGAUAUUGGAAACAAAUCAAUCGAUGAAAUAAUCGACUUAAUAACCCAAAGUUGUGACAGCAAAACAACCUCAGAUCAGGUUCUUCCUAAGUUAAAGGCUAUAAAAAGGGGAACAGCCAGACAACGAUACUGCGAAGAAAUUGAAUCGCGUUGCAGCCAAUUAUCAAGAACAUACGUUAAAGAGGGCAUCCCACAAGUUACUGCCAAGAAAAUAGCUACGAAAGCAGGCGUGGACACGUUGAUUAAAACCGUCUCCACAGAAAAUGCGAAAAUUGUUCUACAGGCUGGCUCAUUUCCAACAAUCGAGCAAGCCAUUCAAAAACUUAACGAGCUACCGGAUAAUACCGAAAGCAACGAUGUCAACCACAUUUUUAAUAUAAACGCAAACCAAAAAAGAUAUCAGAACUUUAACCAACGUCAGCGAGGAAACUGGAAGAGAGGUGUGAAUAGUAACAACAACAAUUUUGCACGCCGUUGUGGCAUCUGCAUCACAGAUGUCAUCGAUUCUCGUUCGACUAAAGCAGAUCGCAAUUGUUGCGUCCUGCUGAGUCAAAAUUCUACAUGUCCCAUAUUUCUUCAUUGCACCACUCCGGGUCAGAAUUGUUCAACCCUCGUCAGUCAUCGACCGUGCCAUAAUGGUCGAUGUACUGCAUAAUAAAUUUCCAACGAAAGGAUCAAUUUACCAAGUCAAUGUUCUACGCCUGUUUCCAACCGGCGCUGUUCCCAUGCCACAUGAGCGUGCUAACGCUGCAAUGUGCAUUCUCUUUUAAUCAUGUCUCUCUCCUUGUCGUUUUAUGUAUUGAUCACUGAUUGGCUACAAAAUAUAUAAUGACUUCAAAUACCUCCAGGUCACAAGAGUUUAGCUUAAGUCAAAAUGGUUAAAUAAAAUCAAUCAUGGAUGUAAAGUCAUCGAGUGUAGUUCAUUGGAAAAGAACUCCCUAAAUUAUAAACGUAUAUUACAUGGCUGACUGUGGCAAAAGAGCCAUUAGCAAAAGUGAUAAAAAGUUGUAAUUUUACAAACAUUGGUUCAAAGAAACAAACACAAAGCAGUGCAUUUAUUUUUCAAAAUUGUCAUGUGACAGUGAAUCCCCAGUGCGUCAAAAGUGCAUAGAAAAUUACAGUGUGCUCAGCACUCAAAAUUAGUACGAGACAAUGUACAUAAUGCGGGAAAUCCAAAGCAAAGAACCAUGAAAAAUCGAGAAGCAAUUGUGACAGUGCCAGUGUUAAUAAAUAUUGGAUGAUCAAGCAACAGUUAUUUUCGUCGCCAAACAUUCCCAAUGCAAAAGACAAUUAAAUAAAU